AGCGCCGUCUGGUUGGGGAAGGGUUAAUGGGCUGGGUGUCGACGUUCCCUUGGACCGGGUGAGUCGCUCGGGCUGUGGCUGAGCCGGGCGCGCCUCGCCGGCAAUGGAGAGCAGCGGCGGCGGCGGCGGCGAGCUGAGCAGCAUGGAGACCAUGGAGACCCUGACGGAGCUCGGCGACGAGCUCACUCUGGGCGAUAUCGAUGAGAUGCUACAGUUUGUUAGCAACCAGGUUGGAGAUUUUCCAGAUCUGUUUACUGAACAGUUGUGUGGCACCUUCCAGAGCAACGGUGUAUGUAAUGGGGGUGGAACGUCGGAUCCCUCAUCGCAGAGGCCCUAUGGCCAGGGGCAGCUACAGUCCUUCUCAUCUAAUGCAGCUUCUCCACAGCUUCAAGCUGUGCAAUUGAAGGUAUCCCAGAUGGCUGCAGCAACACCUGUUCCUCAACGGACUGCACCCCCUCUUCAACCUCGCCCUCAGGUUCAACCUCAGCUCCAGCAACAGACAGUUAUGAUUACGCCAACUUUUAGCUCUGCUCCCCAGACCCGGAUCAUUCAGCAGCCUGUAAUCUAUCAAAAUGCAGCCACAAGUUUUCAAGUGCUGCAGCCCCAGGUCCAGAGCCUGGUGACUUCCUCCCAAGUUCAGCCAGUUACCAUCCAGCAGCAGGUGCAGACCAUGCAAGCUCAGAGGGUAUUGACACAGACCGCCAACGGCACCAUCCAGACACUGACCCCGGCCACAGUCCAGGCGGUAGCUGCCCCUCAAGUCCAGCAAGUUCCAGAACGCAAGGAGGCUUAUAUGGUUCACCUCCUCUCCAUGUUACCCUCACAACAACACUGUGAGGUGCUUGUCCAGCCACAGAUAAUCAAGACAGAUUCUCUUGUCUUAACAACACUGAAAGCUGACGGCAGUCCGGUCAUGGCUGCUGUUCAGAAUCCAGCCCUCACAACACUGACCACGCCUAUUCAGACAGCAGCCCUGCAGACUUUAGUUGGUGGCAAUGGGACUAUUUUGACCACAAUGCCCAUGAUGAUGGGAGGCCAGGAGAAGAUGCCCAUCAAACAGGUGCCAGGUGGUGCCAAGCAACAAGAACCUCCAAAGGAAGGAGAGAGGCGAACAACCCAUAAUAUAAUUGAGAAACGAUAUAGAUCAUCUAUAAAUGACAAGAUCAUAGAACUGAAGGAUCUUGUUAUGGGAACAGACUCCAAGAUGCACAAGUCUGGUGUACUGAGGAAGGCCAUUGACUACAUUAAAUAUCUGCAGCAGGUUAACCAUAAGCUAAGACAGGAGAACAUGGUCCUGAAGCUGGCUAGCCAGAAAAACAAGCUGUUGAAGGGUUUUGACCUAAGCAGUUUGGUGGACAAUGAUGUGGAUUUGAAGAUGGAUGACUUCAGCCAAAAUGCUCUGAUGAUGUCUCCUCCAGCUUCUGACUCAGGAUCUCCAGGAGACUUUUCUCCUUAUUCAAUUGAUUCAGAGCCAGGGAGCCCAUUGUUGGAUGACGCAAAGGUUAAAGAUGAACCUGACUCUCCAGCUGUUGCUCUUGGAAUGGUUGACCGCUCCCGGAUGCUGCUUUGCGCUCUCACAUUCCUCUGUCUCUCCUUCAAUCCUCUAACAUCCCUUCUCGAGGGCCAAAGGACACCUGACUCUGACGGUUCUGUACGUCAUAGCUCUGGGAGAAGUAUGCUGACUAUAGAUUCAGGCUCUGGUGGCUGGUUUGGCUGGAUGAUGCCCACUCUGAUCUUGUGGCUUGUGAAUGGUGUUAUCGUUCUGAGUGUAUUCAUCAAGCUACUAGUUCACGGAGAGCCAGUGACUCGACUGCACUCUCGUUCAUCUGUGACCUUCUGGCGGCAUCGGAAACAGGCAGACCUGGACUUGGCCAAGGGAGAUUUUGCUGCUGCUGCAUCAAACUUGCAGAUUUGCCUGUCUGCCCUGGGUCGAGCAUUGCCUGCCUCUCGUUUGGACUUGGCCUGCAGCCUGUCCUGGAACGUCAUUCGCUACAGUCUCCAAAAGUUGGGAUUGGUGCGUUGGUUGCUGAAGAGGAGGACAUCACGGCAGAGACGAGCAACAGAGGCCCCAGCAGGUUUUGAGGAUGAAGCCAAAACUAGUGCGCGUGAUGCAGCUUUAGCAUAUCAUAAGCUCCAUCAGCUCCAUAUCACAGGUAAGCUUCCAUCUAGUUCAGCCUAUUCGGGAUUGCACAUGGCACUGUGUGCUGUGAAUCUGGCUGAAUGUGCGGAGGAGAAGAUUCCACCAAGCACACUGGCAGAGAUUCACCUCACUGCUGCAGUUGGCCUGAAGACACGAUGUGGCGGCAAGCUGGGCUUCCUGGCGAGUUAUUUCUUAAGUCAAGCCCAGAGCUUGUGUACUGAGCGCAGUGCCAUCCCUGACUCCUUACGCUGGCUGUGCCACCCAUUGGGACAAAAGUUUUUUGUGGAGCGGAGCUGGACAGUGAAAGCUGCUGCUAAGGAAAGCCUUUACUGCACUCAGAGGAACCCAGCUGAUCCCAUUGCACAGGUGCACCAAGCGUUCUGUGAGAACCUGCUGGAGAGAGCCGUUGAAUCCUUGGUGAAACCUCAGGUCCCAAAGGGGGCUGUAGGCCACGAUGACGAAGAGCCCUGUGAAUUCUCAAAUGCUUUGGAAUACCUGAAGUUACUCAAUUCUUUUGUGGACUCUUUGGGAAGUGGAACACCAUCUUUCACUGGCGAUUCUGUGUUGAGGUCUGCCCUGGGUCCCGAUGUGGUCUGCAGGUGGUGGUCAUCAGCCAUCACGAUGACAAUCAGCUGGCUCAAGGGUGACAAUGCAGCUAUGAGAUCCCAGUUUACCAAUGUGGAGCGAAUUCCUAAAUGCUUGGAGAUGAUGGAGAAUGCCCUUGUGAAAUCUGUCUUCCAUGUAUGCAAAGCCAUGCACGCCUCAUUGUCGAGCAAGGCAGAGGGGCAACAGAGCUCCUUUGGCCAUUGCGAAAGAGCUAGCACACAUCUUUGGAACAGCCUCAACAUGAGCAGUGGAGUCUCAAGCACAGUUCUCAACGAAAUGAUCCAGCUUCUGGCUUGUGAUCUAUUGCUGUCACUCCGCACCACUCUGUGGCAGAAACAGACGAACUCCAGCCAGGCUCUGGGAGAAACCUACCAUGCUUCUGCUUCGGAGCUGACUGGAUUCCAGCGUGAACUUGGCAGCCUGCGAAAACUGGCCCAUAGCUUCAGGCCUGCUUAUCGAAAGGUGUUCCUGCAUGAGGCCACUGUGCGCUUGAUGGCAGGGGCCAGCCCCACCCGGACUCAUCAACUGCUGGAGCACAGUCUCCGGCGUCGGACUCCCCAGAGUAACAAGCAAGGUGAGCUGGACGUGCUUCCUGGGCAGAGAGAGAGAGCUACAGCGAUUCUCUUAGCCUGCCGCCACCUGCCCCUCUCCUUCCUCUCGUCCCCAGGCCAGCGAGCUGUCCUGCUGGCGGAAGCAGCCCGGACGCUGGAGAAAGUUGGGGACAAGCGUUCGUGCAAUGACUGUCAGCAGAUGAUUGUGAAGCUGAGUGGUGGCACAGCCAUCGCUGCUUCCUAACCCUGGAGGGCUGCAGCCUCCUCACCCAGUUGAACUCGACUCUUGCCCCUUUUCUCCUCCCCCUCCUUUUUGGAAUACUGUUCUAGGUUUGGACCGUGGAAGUGGCAUUAUGCUAGUCAGGGUAGGGACUUGGUGUAAACCAGCUUUUUCAGCUAGUGAGUUGCCUCCAGUUAAAAAGGAUGCUCACGCAAAAUCAAGAGAGUGAUCCCCCCCCGACAAAAUUUCUACCUUACCUUGGGAAAGAGAAAAGCUCCUUUGAGGAGGGUUUGAGUUCAAAAAGCUUCCUUCCUUCCCACUUUACAAAACAAUCUAUAACAAGAACAUCCUUUGGGGAGGAGGAGGAGGAGGAGACCAAGGAGUGCGAAAACCUGCCCUGAACCCUUUCAUUGUCAUCUGCGGUGGCUCUUGAUCUGUGGGUCGGGUGCCAUACGCUUAGGGCAGAUCCAGGAGCUGGCUGUGGUUAACCUCUUUGGCCCUCAGUAGGCUGCAUUUUUUUUAAACUGAUGCCUUUCUAUAAGUUCUGCAUUCUCUGAGACCUUUGGGAAGUUAGGCCAGCUCUCCUGGGGAAGUGCAUCACUGUUUUUAUGCCAUUUGGGUUUUUUAUAGCAAUGUUUUAUGGCUUUACAAUUGUAGAGACAACAAUGAGGUCUCUCUCUUCCCUUUUUUGUCUCCUGCCCCUCUCCUCUCACUGUCUCUCCCUCUUGUCAGUCUACAGCUAUAUUGCCAUUAAGCUAGAAGUUGACUCCUCUUUCUAUGCCCUCUCUGAUCUCUAACAGAAAAGAGAGGGCAGAGGAUGGCCUAGAUGCUGAACUAGAUGGGACUUUAAACAUCUGGUUCAAAAAUGUGCAUGGGCAGAUCAGGACGCUUUGUUUAUUAUUAUUUUUUAAAAAGAAACAGGUAUGGGCCCUCUAAUCUGGAUUGGGAAUGUGUUUGUAUAAGAUUAAUCCUUUCCCCCAGAUGAUUUUGUUGCUAAAAAUCACACUCCCCCCCCCCCAAAAAAAGCUGGUAUUUGCUCUGGUUUCAUUUUUUUAAAAGAAAUUGGGGCAAACAGUAGCUUGGGUUCAGCAGGGAAACAGCACAGUGGGGAAUGGCUAACCCCCCUCCCCAUGUGGUCCCAAUGAGGGCCCCAAGAGCUGCUUUUUGUAAACAAAGAGAGAUGGCCAGUCUCAGCACACUGUUGAAUCAUGUGGUUAAUGCCAUCAUCCAGUUUGACACUAAAGAAAAAGCAUACUGAAAAUCCUUCUUCCUUGAAUAUUUGAUUUCUAUGGUAGUAGAAAUGUAAGUAUGUUUAGCAUAGUGUUCAGCGUCCUAGGACAUGCCUGCACCAUCAACCUAAGUCGUCAUGGCUAUUUCCCUGUUCUUUACCAGGAUUCUUUGGGGAAACUGAGACAGCUAAACAAGCCUUUUAAACAGUUUACAUGUGUAGUAUAGCUAUAGCCUUUCGCCUUGGAGAAAGCAGAAUAGUUGUAGCUGGAUCUCCUUUUUGGCAGAACAGGUUCUAAGAAACUGCAGUUUUAUAUUUCACGGAGUUCUGAGUCUCACAGCCCACUUUUGCCUUUCCUUGUUGCCAAUGGCACCUUCUCUAUUCUUGCUAUUCUCACUUCGCCUCUCCAAAUCUUCGGAAAUGAAAAGCUAACAUAAACGAACACACCAAAUACAUGAAUUUCGGGGCACUUGGGUUUUUGUUUUGUUUUUCUGGUGGUGGAGUGGGACACAACUGUACCUUGCAUUGUUCCUUGAAUCUGUUCUGUCCUCCAUUGAUCGUCCUUUAUUAUACAGCUGAACACUUUGUUGCAGAAAUAAGACUCCCCAUUAAAAGAGAAAACAUGAAUUUACCUCCGAAACUUCUCAUUAACAGCUUUCUAUUCAAAUGAAGGUCUCUGUGUCUCAUGAAACAAACUAGGGGGGAUGGGUGGUUUCAAAUCUUGCAGUAAUUACAUAAUCACAGGGAUGCUAUCCAAAAUCAUACCAAUAAAAGGUGUAUGUCAUAUUAAUGUCCAAUUUAUAAAAUCCAUCCAUAGAAUGAACCAGAAACUGAUCCCAUAAUAAAGCUUUAUUUAAUUUCCAUUUUGAAUGCCUUCUCUUAGUCUUCCUCAAUUUCUUGGAACUAAUAAGAGGAGCAAUUUCAUAUAAGCUCCAGUUUUCCACUGGUGUAUUUGAGUGGGUGUGCUCAAAGGCUCAAUUUGUGUAUCCUGUCUCACUCUGACCCCAUAAGUACACAGUGAAAGUUAGCCACCUGCGGGCUGCUUGUAAGUUGCUCUGUUAGCACUAGUUCAUGAGUGGAUCUGUCUCUUGAGUUUCUAUAUCUCACAUCACACGAUAAUAAGGAUCAGCUUGAUUGCUUUUCCUGUAAACAUACAUAGCUAGCCACCAUAGCAGAAACAUGUGACUCAGAUGCAGUUCCACACUGCUGAUCCACAUAGGCAUGUUUAAAUGGGCAGGCCGAAAUUUGAGUACCAUCCUGUUCUCUCAGGAUGCUUCCCAAUGACCGUUUCCCCAGUGACGAUAGCAACUAAAAAGGAAGGGUAACAAACUACCUCGGUGAAAAGGUGUACUUAUUAGCAGGAGAGGGUUUGAGGAGAUGGUUUGCUGGAUUGGUCCCACGAUUGCUGUGCCGUCUUGCUGAUCUGUUUGCAGUGGCAGCAAACAGCCCAGGAUUAACACCCAGGGCCUGUGAAUUGUGCAUAUUCCACUAGGCAAACUGAUUAAGCAAGCCUGACUCCUGCAGUCCCUUCCAUCUGAAAGCUUACAUGACAAAUAACUAACCCUGUGAGGUUAACUUACGAUGUUUCCAGGUCAAAGUACCCCAGAAUGCAUGACCUAUUGAUGUUGCGGACACUGGGCAUCUUACAAUUCCAUGGAUUUGUAGCCGUGAAAACCAUUUAUCCUGUCAAGCCAGGAGUGAAUGCUACAGCCUAGAAUGGGCAUUGUAGUCAAGAGUAAAAGCCUCAUUGUACAGCAGUUAAGGUGGGACUUCUUGUUUCUUGAAUUAUACUUAUGUAGAUGAGAACUACAUAAGGAAACCACCCUAAUGUUCCACGUACUUCUGACAUUUUUAUACAACUCAUUUAUUUAUGGGUCUUUUGUCUCCCAGUCUAUCCCUAUAUUAUUUUUGUGUAUAUAAUGUAACUUUUGUUUUUUUUAUAUAUGAUGUGAAGUGUCUAUUUAUCCCAAUAAAAUUAGGCAUAGGGAUGCUUUGCUGUAAGAAGACGUAGCUGGUAAUGAUGUGAGGGGAUGAUAAUUUCUAAUAUAUGUCCCAGCAGUGACCAUCUCCUGGGGAUCAUUGUGUGACUUAACUAAUAAAGACAAAUUGUACUCAA